AUGGACGCCCUGGUGCGCCUCCUGCAGCUGCUGGUGCUGCUGCUGACCCUGCCGCUGCACUUGAUGGCUCUGCUCGGCUGCUGGCAGCCGCUCUGCAAAAGCUACUUCCCCUACCUCAUGGCUGUGCUGGCUGACAAGACCAACCGCAGGAUGGAAAGCAAGAAACGGGAGCUAUUCAGUCAUAUAAAGAAAAUCAAGGGGGCCUCUGGGAAGAUAGCCUUGCUGGAGCUGGGCUGCGGCACAGGUGCCAAUUUCCAGUUCUACCCUCCCGGCUGUAGGGUCACCUGCCUGGACCCGAACCCCAAGUUCGAGAAGUUCCUGACAAAGAGCAUGGCCGCGAACAAGCACCUGCAGUAUGAGCGCUUCGUGGUGGCUCCGGGGGAAGACAUGCACGAACUGGCAGACAACUCCAUGGAUGUGGUGGUCUGCACACUGGUGCUGUGCUCUGUGCAGAGCCCAAGGAAGGUCCUGCAGGAGGUCCGGAGGGUGCUGAGACCGGGUGGCGUGCUGUUUUUCUUGGAACACGUGGCUGAGCCGCGGGGCAGCUGGGCCCUGAUGUGGCAGCAGGUCCUGGAGCCCACCUGGAAGCACAUCGGAGACGGCUGCUUGCUCACCCGAGAGACCUGGAAGGACCUGGAGAAGGCCCAGUUCUCCAACGUCCAAAUGGAGCGACAACCACCUCCCAUAAAGUGGCUGCCCGUGGGCCCCCACAUCAUGGGCAAGGCUGUGAAAUAAGCUUCCCCCGAAGCACCUCGCCCAUCCCCAGCCCAAGCCACCUUCUAUGAAAGGGACCUG